UCUGGCGAAUAUCUUCUUAGUUCACGAAAAGUUUUUACAGUAGGUGCACGCUUGGCCUUUCGUAAGUUAAUAGUUACAGUGAUCAGUUCAUGGUCAGCCACAUGGCAUGGAAGUGUGUUAGAAACUAUUACAGAAUGAGGUUUGUUGGUUACAAUUAAGUCUAACAGUGUGGCAGAGCUGGAAGUAAUCCUCGUGGGUUUGGAAAUUACUUGAGUUAGUUUUGCAUUUGCAAUAAUUUGUUUCAGCUUACUGCUGUUUAAUAAAAAAUCAUCAUUAAAAUCCCCUAAAAUAUAAAAAUCCUUACCUUUUAAAAUGACACAUUUUAAAACAUCAGAUAUAUAGUCAUAUGUACAAGAAAGUGACUUGGGGUGUCGGUAAAGGCACCCGAUAAUGACUGUAGGAAACUCACAGCUUUGAACUGCCAGCCACACGCCUUCCACACCCUGUGGUCUUACUGCGUCAAAGUGUACAGGAGUAGCCUUGUAAAUAUCUCUUAUAUAGAUGCAAACACCUCCACCCCUACCCUUGUCACACCUAAAAAUGUUAUAGUUAGGAAUAUCAAUAUAUUCGUUAGGAGUUUCAGGUGAUAACCACGUUUCACUUACGCAUAAUACAUCAGUGUUUCUCUCUUUGAUCAGAAAGUCUAUCUCAUCCUUGUUAGCCAUAAUACUCUGUGCAUUAACAUGGUCUAUUUUUACUUUGUCCGUUUCACUCACAGAUCUGGUGGCCCUGCCUUCUUUGCCGUAUUCCUUUUGAUUGUGGUGGUGACACAACCUCUGCUUAUGCCCUAGUCGAUGACAUAAACCACAUCUCAGUCUGUAAUCAAACCUAAAAUUAGCUUGCCGAUGGUUGUGCUCGCCACAAUUGUAACACCCGUGCCUGUAGUUUGUGUGCGUAUACGCGCCCGGUGUGUAGUUGUGUGAGGUGUGCGGCGCAUGGCGCUGGUGAGGGGGGAGGACUCUCGCUUGGACGUGAUGUUCAGCCUCGUGUCGGUCUUGUGGAGUACUGGCGUAGUGUUCGGUCCUUAGAUCCUCCCAUCUUGUUUGCGGCUCCUCCUCCAUGCUGCGAGGCUGUGCCGAUACGAAGGCCUGACUCUCCAACGGGUCACCUGUACAGCAAGAGCAAGAACAAGACCGCUAGCCCGCCUCGGCCCCUCAACCCGCCCAAAAGCUCCCUCCAUGGCCUCCUGCAGGGCUUGAGGUGGUCAGGCUCCCCACACUGCUGCCCCACGCAGUGCCAGGGCAGUGCCACACCUGUAAGCUGCGGCGCCAUGCCCGGACUGAGGGCGCCGCUGGACUGUUGUGCCGAUACGAAGGCAUGCCUCUCCAACGGGUCACCUGCACAGCAAGAGCAAGAGCAAGACCGACAGCCUGCCUCGGCACCUCAGCCCGCCCCAAAGCUCCCUCCAUGGCCUCCUGCAGGGAUUGAGGUGUUCAGGCUCCCCACACUACUGCCCCACGCAGUGCUAGGGCAGUGCCACACCUGUAAUCUGCGGCGCCAUGCCCGGUCUGAGGGCGCCGCUGGACUGGAGUUGCCGGAGCCAGUGUUGACGUCGGACAUGAUGCCACACUUUGAGGACGUAGCGAUCAUUCCUAACCCCGGGGAGCGCGCCGAGGCCAUGCACCAGCUGAUCAACCGCCUGCCAACCGCCAACCGCCUGCUGCUACAAUACAUGUUCAAGCAUAUGGGACACAUCAUUGCAAGGCAUCUUGUCAGCCGUCCCAGCCUCUCGUCACCCUAUCCCCGCUGGACUCUGGGUAAAGACGUGACCAACCCCCAGCCUCCAGCCUCUUCUCACACCUCCUAGCCUUUCCCCGCUGGACAUUGCUUCGAGACGUGAUGAACAACAACAGCCUCCAGCAUCUGCCACACCUCCGAGCCUCUCUCCUCGUCAUUUGCCCGGUGGACCCUGGACGAGGAGGACGUGAGGAAGAGGAGGUGAAGAUGAAGACGAGGAAUAAG